AUGGCCAAAGUUUCCACUGGUUUUUUAAUUGAAGAUGGUUCGGGAUCAUCACCUCUCUAUCUAAUGUGCCACACUACAUGUCAUAAAAAACCUCCAAAACAACCAAUUUUACCAUCAGAAACUGAUGAAAAGUGGACAGUUCCGAAGGGAAUUAUUGAUGAGAGUAAUUCAAGUCAGGUUGGUGAUGAUAUUGAAAUUGAAACAGCAAUUAGAGAAUUGAAGGAAGAAACUGGUAUUGAUUUGAUUGGAAAUGAAGUUUUGAGAAAGGAGUUUUAUGAUCCAUUUCUCAGCAAGACUUUGAAAUUUAAUCUUCAUAAGGAGUACAAGAUUAAGGCAAAAGUUAUCAGAAUUUACUUAUUGAAGGAUAGUAAAGGAUUAAUUAAGAGUCAAUAUGAUACUUCUGCUAUGAAAUGUACAUCUCUGAUUGAUAUCGAUCAUCCUUUGAAGGGGUUUCCAGAGGUUGAUGCCUUUUUGUGGGUCACAAAAGCACAAGCUUCUAGAAUUGCAUUGAAAUCUCAAAAGGUUCUUUUCAAAUAA